AUGAGCAGCGACCACAACGAUCUCUCAGAAACUUACAUACUGUUACUCCUAUCCGAUAGCAACCUGCCAACUGGUGCAUUUGUCGCAUCUUCAGGCCUAGAAUCCUACGUCAAGCAUGGAUUUCCAUCGCCUGCAAGUUCGCCGGAGAGUGCAACCAUUGAUUUUGUACGCGAUUCUCUAGCUUCGUAUGCCAGAACCGCACUUCCUUUCGUUUCCGACGCUCAUCGUGCAGUGGAGGAAUAUGCCUUGUUUCAAGCCCAGGACGGGAAUCAGGGAGAGGCAGGGAAGGGUGGCGGGGGGUUAGAUGGCAUUCUCAAGACCCUCACAGAUCUCGACGAGCUAUAUCAGGCGAUGACCCUAAACCAUGUUGCAAGACGGGCAUCCAUGUCUCAAGGCGUCUCCUUACUCACACUGUAUUUAAAGGGAUUCUCGCGGCCUCCCUCGCAACCCGUAUUUUCGGACGCUAAAUCGCAAGAUCACGAGGCUCGAACGCGGACGCUCUUCGACAAGUUUAAACUCAAGGUACGAAGAGAAGAGGUGUCUGGGCAUCUCCCAGUUUGCUGGGGUGCACUGACAGCGGCUCUCGGCCUUGCUCUGGAACGGUCUCAGUAUCUUCAUCUGUUUUUACAUGCGAGAAGUUUACUAUCAGCUUCCGUUCGUUUGAACGACCUUGGGCCAUAUGGUGCACAACAAAUACUAUUGCACAUCGUCCAACCCCUAGUAGCGGCUGAAGUAACGAAAUGUCAAAAUCUUCGAACCGGCCUGCUUGAUAGUGUAUUUGAUGAGGUAUCAAUGGGGCCCGCGAAUACUUGGCCCCUUGGAGAGAUCCUAGCAGGGCGACACGACCUGCAACAUUCUCGUAUCUUCAACAGUUAG